GUCAAAAGGAGCAGUGGAGGUGACCGAAUGGCAGUGUGCAGAAUUAAAGUGAUUUCUGCAUUAUAAGUUUUUGUUGUAUAUAUAUAAUUGAACUGUUUUGCAGUCUGUGGUAAGAUUCAACGAUCGGGAUGGGCGCUCAUCUUGUGCGGAGUUAUGUCACGGAAAUUGACGCGACACCAGAACCCAACAAACCGUCUCAAUAUGACCCGCAUUUAGGCUUCGGGGAGCGCAAAGAGAGAGUAAUGGUGGCCACGCAGGAGCAGAUGAACCUGGCGAUGUUGCCGGUGGAUCAGCGGGAUUACUGCGCACACCACCUGAUCAAACUGAUGAAGUGCAGGAGAGACAUGUUUCCAAACUACAUGGCCUGCGACCACCAGAAACACGACUGGGAAUACUGUCAACAUCAGGAUUACGUGAUGCGGAUGAAAGAGUACGAGCGAGAGAGGAGACUGAACUUGAGGAAGAAGAGGAUCGAGGCGAACGCAGCAUAAACAUCCCUCCCUCGUCUCCAUUCAGCUCAUUUCUGUGUAUAUAAAUAGCUCUGGCUGCAAUAAAGAUUAUCUCGAGCCUUCA